AUGUCGUGCGCGUCGUGCCGCGCGCCGCGCGCGCCGACGGCGUCGUCGUCGCGCCGCGGUCGCGCGUCGCCGUCCUCGCGGUCGCCGCCCGCGUCGCGGCCGUCCGCGCGUCGAGAUCUCGCGAGCACCGCCGCUCGCGGAGAAAAAUGUGUUCGUCGUCGACGCGACGCCGUCGCGACGGACGCCUCGCCCGCGGGCACGCUCGUGCUCACCUCCCCCGAAGGCUGGGACGUGUCGUACGGCACGGAGACGCAGCUCUCCGAGAUCAGCGACGUCCAGGCGACGUCAUUCUUCGAGCCGAGCGCGUUGCCGCUGCUCGAUCCUUUCCUCCUGGAGUCCUUCCGCGGCGACGUGUCCACGACGCUCGGGAGGAAGUACGAGUACCUGGACAGCCGUCGGUUCGCGCCGCUGGUGACGACCGCGUCGCGCGACGACGAGGACGAGUCAUCCGCCACGCGACGGUGGCCGUCGAACGCGAGCUCGGACGAGCGGCCGAGGCCGGUCGUGGGCGUCGUGGAGCUGUCCAUCCAGAGGGACGACGACGUGCUCAAGUUUUUAUCCAACGCCGCCAGCAAGUUCUCGCCGUGCUACGGCGACGACGGCGACGACGCGUGCGACGCCGCGAGCGGGGACGACUGGAACGACGGCUUGGGGACGAACGGCGGGGACAUGCAGCGGUGGGCGGACGCGAGGCGCGCGAGGAUGAACGCGGAAGAGGACGCCGCGGCGGCAGCGACGACGGCGACGACGACGCGCGCGCCGACGCGCUCCCCGCGGCCCGGACGCUGGCGCGGCGGCGCCCCCGCGGACGAGUACGCGUACGUCUCGUGCAUGUGCGUCGCGGACGCGUACCGAAGACGCGGCAUCGCGGACGCGCUCAUGAACGCCGCCGAGGAGAUCACGCUGCGAUGGGGCUACGACGUCGCUUGUCUCCACGUGUACCAACGCAACGCGGGCGCCAUCGCGUUGUACCGCCGCCGAGGGUACGAGAUCGUGGACGACGGGUGCCCGCCGUUCGACGCGAUGCUCGGGAAGCGGCGGUUUCUCAUGAUGAAGCGUUUGCGGGGGCGGGUCGUCGGGGAGGAGUAUCAGGAUAUCGACUGAGUGACGACCGCGACGGAUGGACGAGAACGUCGCCCGUCGUACCACACUACUAGAGCUAGGACUACAUGUAACCGACCCGCCGCGUGCGUUACAUAACGUUCGCGUCGCGUCGCGUC